AAAAUCAGAAGUUCCCUGAAUAAAGCAUAACCCCAUCUCCACAUUUUUCCUCUGUCUCAGACUCUUUUGAGCCCUACACAGGAACCAGCUUCACAUUGUUCAGUGGCCUCUUGACAUUUCCAGAGUAGCUGGGAGGGUUGAAAGUUUCUUCCGCUCUUUGUUACAACCGUGUUUUUUCUUUUCCAAGUUUUAACUUUAAAAAAAAUUAUAGCAGGAAUUUCAGGAGUAACUCAGUUUGAGCUGUGGGAAAAAGAAAAAGAGGCAGGAGUGACUGGUUAGAGAAAACAACAAUGAUAUUUAAGCUUUUGCUCAUCUGCGUUGUAGUAAGAGUGGUGGAGCUGGUCACAAAUUCAAGAAAUCAUGGAUACCAACACCGUUCUUUCCACAGCUUAAAAGCACAAGUAUAUGGGACAUCUACAUAUCCUCUACAACAGGAGGGUGAGUGGGAAGCAGAAGGGCUUGAGGAAGACAUCCCAGACCAUCCAUCAAGCACCGUUCCUUCAUACCAGGGAGAGAGAGAUGAUUCUGAAGCUGCAAACUCACAACCCAGAAAUGGGAAUUGGUGUUCCUACUUGCGGUCCCGACUGGUCACAUACAUAGCUACCUGCAAAAAAGAGAAAUAUGUUAUUAAGUCCCAGCAGCCUUGUCUAAAUGGAGUCCCAGACUGCCAGAAGAUCAUGUACAGGGCAACUCUGAAGCCAGUCUACCAACUGAAGCAGAAGGUUUUAAAUUCUUUGGACUGGAAGUGCUGCCCUGGGUAUAUCGGCAAGGAUUGUAAACACCAUGAUCCUAAUUUUGUUCCAGUACCAGCCAAUCAGACAGGAGGACUGGAAAGAGAUGAAGAAUUCUCAACUCAAAUGUCGACAGUGGAGUCAGAAGAAAUCAUGCAAACAAAUCAGAAUCAUGAAGCAAUGCUGGAGGACCUUCAGAAUGAUAUUCAUCAAACAAUCAGCAACUUAGGGGACUUGCAGAGGAUAUUUGAGAACAACAUUACUGCCAUGGCAUUGGAAGCAGACCAGAAUAAAACAGAAGUACAUGAACGGCUUCUUCAGCAAAUGCUGCUUCCUUAUGUGGAGAAUUUUCUAAAGGAACAUUUUACGCCCAUGUGGUCAAGUUUCAAUAAAAGCUUACUGAAUCUUUCUACCAUGGUGAGAAACCUGUCCCAGGGUGUGGAGGCUAACAAAAAAAGCAUAGAGAGAUUCCAGGAAAGUACUGUGCCCAAGAGAGAGUUCCAGGAACUGGGAACUAAGUUUGAAUCAAAAGUUCAAGAAAACGUUGUGAAAGUAGAACAGUUGAAAAGGGAUAUAGACAAUCACCUACACCUGCAGCAGGCAGCCAUUCACUACAAUCUAACCAUGAUCAAGGCAGAUGCUGACAUGAAGUUCAAGAGAUACCAUAAGAUACAGCAGUCCCAUUUGCUAGCUUUGAAUAACAGCAUGACAGACUUGAAACAAGAGCAAGAAAAACUGGAAGGAGAUACUGAGGCUUUGAAUAGAAACUUAACAGAACUUUCUUUAUACUAUGGCCCUAAAGAUGACACUCUACAGCUCUCCAUUAAGCAACUAAAUGAGACCUUGAUGGGGCAUGCAAAGCAGCUCAAAGAACUUUACAUGGACUCAGAUGUGGUCUUUGAGGAUAUUACUGUUUUAGAAAAAUGGAUUAAUCAGUUGAAAGAUGACAUUAAACAUGCAGCAGAGGAUGUUACAGUUUCCUUAAUGGAGAAAUCACUUAUUAUAAAAGAAAACAAAGAAGCACUAGAAAGGCAGAUACUGGAGCUCAACUACACGCUCUCAAAUCUUCAAGAAAGCUAUUGGGAUCUGUUAAAGUAUAUGAAAGAAUGUAAAUGCCAGAAAAUAUCUUCUGACAUUGACAGGCUGGAAGAUGUUCAAAAAAACAUCUCUUAUCCCCUUAAUGGUACUCAGUUAGACUUAAUGGACACAAAGCAAUUACAGACAUAUUUUUUGGAACUCUUGAGAAGUGAAAUUGAGCUCUCCCCUGCUUUUCUAUCUAUCCAUGAAUCUCUUAAUUUUCAGCAGGAAAAAAGCAGACAACUGAUGGAUAGUAUGGUUCAGAUCGAGUCACAAGUCCAGUCCUUAAGUAAGAGAGAUGAGAAAAUUCAUGGCCACAUCAAGUAUCUCAAUAGUUCUUUCAACUCUCUUUUGGAAGAUGCAAUGAGGCAUGAAACUGCAUUAGAAGCUUUGUUGGGAGAGGAAAUUAUGGACAUCUUGUCUGAAGAAGACCCUACAACUCUAAUAUCACCAGUAGCUCAGCUGCAAGAAGCUCUCAGCCAUAACUCAGAUAAGCUCAAAGAGCAAAAUAUGACUUUAGAAUUCCUUAUAAAGAAGCUUCAUUUCCUGGAGAUGAAUCAUGAGAGUAACCAUGAUGCUCAGAACUCCUCGUCUAGGCAUCCUACCAAUGGAAAGCACAUCAAGAACACUUUGGAGGAAGUUGAUAGCCAACAUGGCAAUGUAGAACAUUUGGAACCCAACUAUGAGGCUGCCAAGGAUGACAUUUUGGAUAGUCCAGCAUAUAAUGAUAUCAUGAAUCUAAAAAAUGAUAUCAAACACCUAAGCAGGGAGAUCAAGAAGCAUGAGUCAUGGAUGGAUGGUAGGAAUUACUGCUGCAAUUGUACGGUGGUAAGUCUGGUGGAACCACUUAAUAUUUCCAUGGAGAUGCUCAGAGCAGACUUAGCAACCUCCAAGCAGAGAUUUGAGGAACAUCUACAGAUUUUUCAAAAACUGUUUGGAACUAAUGAAGAAUUAGGUGCCUCAAACAUAAGUCUGGAUAUUACAACAAUUCAGUCACUUCUGAACAAAAAGAUGAGGCGGCAGUUGAAAGGUCAAGAUAAGCAAAGAAAGAAAGACAGGCAGCAGACUGAGCACAGAGAAAACAUGCACAUGAGGAAUGGAAGAAAUACAAUACAGUCAGAACUUUUAAGGAAAGAUUCAUCAGUGGCUUUCUAUGUGGGAUUCUCAGAAGGAAGAGAUGAGGGAAAAACGCUGAGGUUUAAUGAAACAUACCUCAAUUAUGGAAACUGCUAUUUCCCUGAAUAUGGCUACUUCAAAGCACCUCAUAAUGGUGUCUACAUGUUUGCUGUUGAUGUGGAAUUUAGCCCAGGACCUGCACUUGGAGAGCUGCUGUUUAGCAGUGGGCACAGGAGGACCCUGUCAAGAAGUCAGAAGAAAAUGACAAAUGGAAACUUCAUGACUACUUUUGCCGUGGCAGAGCUGAAGAAAGGGGAGAGAGUGUGGUUUGAGUUGCAGCAGGGCUCUCUAGUGGAAAAGAGCUUACCUGGAGCCACUAUGGGUGGCUUUCUUAUAUUUAAAACAUGAAGAGUGGUGGCAUGCUUUAAUCAAAAGAGAUGCUACAAAAUCAGGGAGCAAUCAGCUCUUGCCUGGGUGGUGAUUUUUUUUUGUAUGUCAGUUGUACUGUAUAUUCAAACCUAGCAUUAUCCUAGAUUCACCUUCAAGCUUAUUUCUAGAAGUGUUUGGCUUUUGAUUAGUUGCUUAAGAAGAACAAUGGGCUAUUAAGUUCCUUCUGCAUGAUGACCUAAUGCUUUGGGUUUGGAAUGUCUCAGUUCAAGCAUGCAGAAAGCUUUCAGGGUGAGGACCACACCCAACUAUUGCCUUGCACACUACCACCAAGUAACCUCUCUGCAGUAGCACCAGCAAAGGCUCCCAGGGGAAAGUUGCAUUAGGGAACUAUACAGCUUUAGCUACUUUUGAUGCAGUUUAUCAGUUGGAAAUAAGAAGCAGGAACCAUCUUCAGUGUCUGUUCAGUCUCUGCACGCCACUGCUGACCCAGACUGUAGUUCUAACAACUGUCAGUUAUCCCAAUCCAGCACAGUAUUUAAGCAGAUGCAAUCCAAUAGGGCACAGCCCAGGCUUUGAGUUAAGUACACUAUUGAGUAGCUGCAAGACUGGGGCUUUUGUCAACCUUUGCAAUGAAGCAGAUACAUUUCUGUGAAACAUUUUGAUUUUAGGCAGAUCAGAUUUUUUAAAUUUGCCCUGACAGGCAUUAUAUUAAUCAUGCAAUUAAUACUUUAUCACACAGCAAAUAGCAACAUGCAGGACAUUUAUGACGUCAUAAAGUACCAAACCAGCCACACAAAUGUUCCACAUCAUUUAAAUGUGAAUGAUACAUUUCACUGCAAACCAUAUUUAGCAAUGUGGAGCAUCUUUAUACCUGGUUUGUAUAACACUGUAAUUUGAACAUGUGGCAGACUGGCAUGUCCAAAGGGUGGCGAGUGCAACUGGGCUGUCUGCAUAGUUUUUAAAGGUCCUGGAGUGCUGGCAGAACAGCCCUGAAGAGCCUCUCCCAGAUACCAGGUUCCUGCUGUCCCAGAACUUAAAAAUCCUGGCAGUUGCAUGAUUGAGAUGUAAUUUUAUGCAGGCUCCCAAAAAUCAAGCACCUUGCCAUGUACACAUGGCAUGGCAGGAUAAGUGAUCUUGGGAAUCUAGCAUAAAUUUCAUCACAUUCCAAUCACAUGACUAAAUUAACAUCUACCAGCAGCCACAGAAAACUAUUUUAGCGAUUAACUUCAGUUGCUGUAGUUGUGGACAUUAAGCUACAGAAUUAUUAACAAACCCUAUAGAUUCCACGUAACACCAUACUGAAACUCGCCAUAAUGAAUCCUUUGCUUUGCAGGUACAUACCACAGUUGUCCAGAUGUAUUAGGUUGUCUUCAAUGAUGAAGAGUUACUUGGUAACUGGAGGAAGAGAAAUUAAGUGAAGGUAUGGAGUAAAAGCCUUAUCUCAAAGUCAGACAAGAGCUUUGACACCGAUUUCAACCAAGUUCGGAUUUUAUUGAUUGAACCAUUCAGAUUCUGAGAGAGGGUACUGUGAUACCCAAAAGCUUGCCUAUGUCUAGCCCAAUGAUGCAGUUGGUCUAAUAAACUAUAUUACCUAUAAGAAUUCUUGCGUCUCACAUAUCUCUCUGAUGCUCUUAGAGCAAGAGUUUACUGUUAUACACUUGAUAAUGAAUUUACCACUUCUAUUUUCAGUACCACAGUUUGUAUGAAGUUCAGAUAUCACACAAACCUUUACCCUUAUAACCAAUGUAUACAUAAAAGAUCUCUCUGUAACACAGAUAUCAGUGCAUAACCGUACCUUACUUUUCCUGUGUGAGGUAAUGAGACAAUUAUAGAGAAUGCCACUCACUGAUGUAAACAUGCUAAUUCAUAGUCUAACAUAAGAAAUCCUCUUCUACUAGUAUGUCAUUCUACUUAUGUCAAAGUAUAAGGAAAUUAGCUAGACAUCAAAGAAAGUAGGGUAGUAUUCUGACCAGCACUGUACUUCUGUUUAGGUAUAUUGUGCCCUGUUUGCAUUCAUAGUCACUGGAAAAUGGGCAGGCUUAAUUCAGUACAGCAAACCCUAUGGUAUACUAAAUCGAGACAUGGUAGACUUACCUAGGCAUCAAAUUUUAAUUUAUUCAAAGCUGGCCUUUUGCCUUCCUCCCAAGUAAGGGGGAAAGAGAAGGGUGCAAGAAAGCCUGGUCAUUUUACUUCUAUCCCCAGCAUUAUGGUGAUAAGGUGUCAUAUUGGGUACAGUAGACCAAAUGACUUGUAGCAUCACUAAGAAACAUUAAAACAAUUCAUUACCAAUAUUAACUUACACAAGAAUUUUGCAUAGUUAACCAAAUACAAGUACAAAAAUACUGAAGUAAGGAAGUAUUUGGUUAGGUAUUAUAAUUUCUAAGGAAUCAUGCAUUUAUAUGACAAAAUCUGAUAGUAAUACAAAACACAUUACUAAUGUGUACUAAAAUAAGGUUAUUUACUUAAAAAUGAUACAUUGGACAUACUCUGUGUACAGAACAAAGCAAUUCAUGGUAAACUGAAUAAGGCACCUUUUAAAUCAGAUGCUGUACAAAAUACAUUAGCGUGUUACAUUUUAAAAGAUUAUUCUACACUUCUGACAUAAACACAAGUGCCAGCAUUCUGCUUGUUUUUACCCUUUCAUGUUUUAUUUACAUCUUCUCUAGGUUAACUACAAUGUUAUUCUUUUUUGUAUACAAUAUAGUACAUUUCAUGUUGAGCAUGGGUAUAUUGGAGCAUAAAUGUCACCACUUUAUGGGGAUUCUAUAACUGCAUUUAAAGGUAAUGUAGGACAAGGCAACAGUUGCAAGCAUUUUAUUGAACAAUUUAAGUAAAAAUAGUGUUCAUUCUACCUUUGUUAUAACUAGUAAACUGAGGCUGAUACACCUUGACUCUAGAAAGCUCUGUAUCACUUAGCACUGUAUUUCAUUUUAAAUUUCACCCCGACAUAGGGUUUAGAGUGGGGAGCAGGGUUGGGUUAUCUGACUUCUUUCAGAACCAGUCACAAGAACAGAAGACUGCUAAAAAAUCAUCUACCUGACCAAAAUCAAAGAUAAAUAAUUCCCUUUAAACAUUAUUACAGUAACCAAAAAAGGCUGUAAAGUUUAAUUUGAAGUGAUAUUUUUUUCUUGACAUGUUUUGUCUUUUAAAUUAACUUUAAAAUAAGAGUGUGUAAAGGCAAGACAGCAAAGUUGUAUCUUAAGAAUUUGCCGCAUAGCACAUUCAAAUGGUCAUUUAGAUGCAGAUCUAAAAUUUGAUUCUAGGAUUAUUCUGGAACAUUAAGAAUCUUGGGAAAUGAGCAAAGUCUCUACUUUUUUUUAACUUUUACCUUGAAAGCUGCUUAGAAGCUGAAGGGAGUUGCAUGUUACUUAACUUAAAUUGUGUGUGCAGGGUACUGUUUUUUUAAAAGGAAAAAAAAAUCAAAGUAAACCCAGUACAAUCAAUGUGUGCUUGCAUUUACACUUUGGGUCUGCUCAUUGCUUCAGGGAUUUACAGGUUAACCAGAAGUGCAAAUGCUAUUUCCCUCCCCCGAAUAUAGUGGCCAGACUUAUUAUUAAAGCUUCAAGCUAUUUUUCAUCUAACAUGGAACAAGCUAAACGGAUCUCCAUAUGAAGUUGUUCAAUGGCUUUCAAGGCACAGAAUAGAUAUUCACAGGACGUUUCACGCAUUACAAGACAUUUGCAAAGAUUUUUUAUUAGAUAACAAAUGCUCACAAAUGUAAGCCUCACCAACAAAAUAUUAUGAUCACACACUAAAAUAACAGUGUGUUUAUGGAUUUAAGUCUUUGGAAUUCUUACAACAUUGAAUAAGGCAACAACUUGGUUUAAAAGUCUGCACUGAGUAUACUUAGCAAUAUUUAUUAUUUAUAAGUUCAUGAAGAUUAAAUUAAAAAACCCCCAAAAACCCAGGUGCCUAAAAUUAUUAAGUUCUUUGCAUGGAACCUACUUGUGGGCUUCAGGGCUCAAACAGAACCGGAGCCAACAGAUAUUCAGAUGUAGUAUACAACUAGCAGCUCCCAUGUAAGCCAAUAGAAGUUGCUGCAUGCUCAGCAAUGUUCAGCAUCAGGCUGGUUGGUUAUUGGGGGUGUAAACACAGACUUUGGAACCUAACCUUAGGCAUACAUAUAUACAUAUAUAUUUUAAGGUAAUCUUGGCUAAGGGUCCUCUCUCUCCACAACCCAGCUCAGCCCAUUUCCUUUAUUUAAAAGUGAAUUUGUAAAUUCUUAAGUUUUAAGGUUUAUUUAUCCAGUAACACCAACUUUUUGUCUUACAAACUAGUAAGCGCUAAAUAGAAGGGAAAACCAUGGAAUAACUGAAAAUGGUGUCACAUUUUUACAUGCCCUUUGUUUUAUUCAGCCUACUGCCAACAGUCUUGAAGAUUUGAGAAAGAAAACAAAAUCAAGAUUAAAAUUUUAGCACAAGUCACAGCUAAUACAGCUGUCCAAUUCACAUGGCACUUUAUGAGAAAAAAUACAAACGUUCUGAGAAAUAGAUUAAAUUAAGAAAACACCUCCAUUAUUGUGAGAAAAUAAGCUAGUGGGAUGUGUAUAAAGAUUUUCCUUUUUACUGUUAAAAACCCUAGAAUGAUACUACUAA